UGAUUCAUUCAUUCAUUCAUUCAUUGAAUGAAUCCCAUUAAAAUUUGAUGGUUUUAAACAAAUGAUUCUACAUUCAAAGAGAUAGUUUACUUUAACGAAAAAUGAUGUAUAGUAACUCCUUCACAAUCAUCUUAUGUGUAUAAAAGUAAAACAAACAGACAAUCUCAUCAUGAAAUGUUUCUCUAGUGUAUUUUCACAAAGUUCCUUAGUACCAUUAGCCAAAAUUGCUAAUGCACCAUCACGUUCAUUACGUAUAUUAUGGGCUAUUGUUACAGCAAUUAUGUUUAUUGGAUUAUGUGUUUGUAUUAGUCUUGUUGUUAUGCAAUAUUUAAAACAUCAAACAGUAUUUCAAUUAGAUUAUUCUGGUCGUCAUACUGUUUAUGAUCAAGUACCUGGUAUAACAAUAUGUCCACAAUCACAAGAAUCAAAACGUUUAUUUUUAGAUGCAAUGAAACGUUUAAAUAUUAUAACACAACCAAUACCAUUACCAUGGUUUAGUAAAACUGUUAUGGAUCAAUUACGUAUGAAAGCAAUAGAAAUACAACCUGAUUUAAAAUUUGGUAUUAUAGUACAUCGUUUACCAAAAGGUGAAUUAUUAUGGAAUACAUCAAAAACUGCUUUAUCACCAAUUUAUAGAAUGUUAUUAAAUUUUAGUGUAGAAUUUCAAAUACAACCAUCAUAUUUAGCUGAUAGUUAUCGUUUAACUGUUAUGGAACAAGUUCCAAAUAUUCGAAAUUUUCUAUGUACAACAUUUGAAUUACGCUCAAAUAAUGUAGAAAAAUCAUGGUCAUAUUUAGAAAUACGUAUUAAUCAAGAAAGUACAAUAGAAAAUUCUAAUCGUGUAACAUUUAUAAUAAUUACACAUGAACGUGGUGAAUUACCAUUCAGCGCUUAUGAUCGUCAUAUUCAUACAAAUUUACCACCAGAUACAUCUGUUUCAUUAUAUUUUUCUAAAUCUGUAACAACACGUUUAAAUACUGGUAGAAAUCCUUGUCAUGUUGGUGCUGAUGCUAAAUUUAUUUCAUCAGCAUUAACCAUGAAUACUGAAGAAGAAGAAGAAGAAGAAGAAAAAGAAGUACAAGAACAAAAACAUAAUUUCAUGGGAAGAAGAUCCCAUAAUUCAACAAUACUCAAUGAAAUUAAUGAUUAUGAUCUUAGUACAAUUACUAAUAAUAGAAAUAAUCAUUAUGAUCAUAAUACUAAUAAUGAUAACAGUAAUGAUAAUGAUAAUCAUCAUCAUCAAUGGUAUCUAGAUUACCUGGAUACAAUACGUAUGAAAAAUAAACAACAAACAUUUGUUAGUGAUACAACAAAUUAUUUACAAUUUGCUUUAAAACGUUUAAAACAAAAAACUAAAGAACAAUAUUUAAGUCAAACAAAUACAGUUAGUUUAUUUGGUACAGAAUUUUUAUAUAGUCGUGAAGCAUGUGGUUGGGUUGAAUGUUGUACUAAAGUAGCAUAUCAUUGUAAUUGUACAUGUACAUUAGAUUUAUUAUCUAUUAAUCGUACAGCAUUACAAACACAUUUUUUAUGUGAACGUACACAAUGUCAAGAUGAACAAAUCCCAUAUGAAACAUGUCCAUUACCAUGUAUACAAACUAAAUUUAUUAAACAUAGUGAAGUACGUUUACCUGGUUAUGAAGAUGGUUUACCAAUAUUAACAAGUCGUUUAAAAUUAGUACGUAGUGAAAGUGUACAAGUUGCUAUGGAAGAAGAAAUUUUUUCAUUAGCUAAAUUAUUUUCUGAAGUUGGUGGUUUAUGUUCAUUAUUUAUUGGUUUUAGUUGUAUAUUUUUAUUUGAAUUAUUAGAAGCACUUAUAUUAAUGUAUUAUCCUAGCAACAAAUAUAAAAAAUCAAUACCAUUCAAUACAAUCAAUAAUAAUAAUAAUAAUACUAAUAAUAGUAAUAAUAGUAAUAAUAGUAAUAAUAAUAAUAAUACGAAUAGUAAUAUUACUCAAUCAGAUAUACAUAAAAUGAAUGAUCAGAAAUGUUUAACUACACCAUUUAUUCAAGCUAAUAAACAUAUAACAGAUGUAAUACCAAAUGUUAAUAUAGAUAGUAUGAUAAAUUCAACAAUAACUACAAUUACUACUACUAACAUCUGUAAUGAUAUCAGUAGUGAGAAUAAUAAUCAUAAAUUUAGUUAUUCCGAUAAUAGAAUCAAAGUUAAUGUAUCCUCUGCCAAUGAUGCUUCAAUGGAAGAAUAUAUAGAUAAUGGUAUACAAUUUACCCAAGAAAAUUUACAUUUUAAUGAUAGUAAUAUUGAUAAUAAUAAUAAUAAUAAUAAUAAUAAUAAUAAUAAUAAUAAUAAUGAGUUACGAACUAUGGAUCAAUCAAAAAAUGAUCCACAUUUAUCAUCCUAUAAAAAUAAUUAUCAUAUUGAACAAUCUAUUGGAGUAGAACAUUCAUAUAACUGUAAUCAUACAGAUACUAAUAAUGACGCGGAUCAUACUCAAGAACAUACUCUCUCUUUAUCUAAUCAAUAUGAACAUAAUUCGAAUGAUAAAAAUGGAUCAAAUCACUUAUAUAUAUUACCUAUAUGGUUAAAUACAAAUAUACCAUUACAUAUAAUUCAAAAUAGACAAAAUGAUAAUAUGAGUAAAUCUUUUCAGAUUAAAUCAAAUAAUUCAAAACAAUUAACCAAUUUAUUAGAUCAUAAUAAUAAUUUUCAAGAAGAAGGAGAUGAAGAAGGAAAAGAAUGUGUGUAUAGUGAAACUACAACUAUAUGUUCCAAAGAAGAAUUGAUCGAAUUAUUACAGCAAAACAGAAUACGGAUCAAAGUAAUGUUCACGGAUCAAUAAAACAAAUCACAAUGUUUCAUUAUACUAAAGAAUGAUUGUACAAAAUCAACAACAAAAUGCCAAAAAACAAAUGAAAGAGAAAAUAUGAAUCCUGU